UGCUUUUAUGCGUUUUUUAUGGACAAUUCGGCUAACGCGCCUGAAAUUUUCUCUCUUUUAGCCAUGACAAUGAGAGCGCUCGCCUUGCUGACCAUCGUGUCUUGCUGCGGCAUUGGCCUCGUGGCCGCCGAGGGGCUGCGUCUGCCCGACCAGCAGUCGUCGAACAACAUACAACAGAUCUAUGCGCCGCAGCCGCAACAACUGCAACAGCAGCAGACGCUGCAAUUCCAGCAGCAGCCACAGCAGGUGGCCCAGCCGGGCGAGGAGCGUGGUCGCUCCUCAAUAUUGAGCAUCUUCGGCUUGGGCAAUGACAACGAUCCAUAUCUGGCGCGUACCAACAGCAACUGCCUGAGCGGUGAUCUAUCCGAGUGCUUCAAGACGCAGGCGCUCAACACAUUCGAUGAGAUUUUCUACAAGGAUCAGUAUCGUCUCUCGGACUUUGCGCGUGUCGUGCGUCUGCCUGAGACGCAACAGCGCUCGUUGCUGCAGGAGCCCUUCGAGUAUUCCGAGGAGCCGCGCUCUGAGGACGAUGACUGGAAUCUGCUGGUGAAAUAUGCCCUACGCCGCGCCGAACGAUUCAUCAAGUCCACUGCGUUGGAAGUGGAGUGGCCCGAGGAGCUAACCGAGGCAGGUCGCUAUGAGGCGCGCUUCAUAGGCAAUGACAUUGACGACGAACUGGAUGUCAUUGAGAACAAGCGUGCCGGACACUUUUCUCGCAAGAAGUUGAAGAAGAUGAUUAUUCCCCUGCUGCUGGUGCUGAAGAUCUUCAAGCUGAAGCUGCUGCUCUUCCUGCCCUUCAUUCUGGGCAUUGCGGGUCUGAAGAAGAUUCUGGGCUUGGCUGCCAUCAUUUUGCCAGGUCUGUUUGCCUAUUUCAAGCUCUGCCGCCCGCCAGGUGGUGUUGGUGGUGCCUUUGGCGGUGGCCUGUCUGGCCUUUUUGGCAGCAAACCCACUUUCCCCGAAUACACGCCCCAAGGCGUGGGCGCUGCCACCUACUACCAUCAUCAUGAGCAUUAUGAGGGCGGCCACGGGGGCGGUGCACCCGGCGGCUACUACCGCCCAGAGCCAUCGUUUGCCAAGCCCUACAGCGACUACUACAGCAAGAGCUACCAGGGCCAGGAGCAGAUCCAGGGCCAGGUGGGCGGCAACUCCAUUAGUUUUGGCGAUGCCCAGCAAGCCGCUUACAAUGGCUACUACGGCCGCAACACCGGCAAGGAUAUUGCUGCCGAGCCGCAGGCGACGCAACAGAAGAGCUAAAGGAUGUUCCAGUCUAGACCAGGUCUCUUUGUUAUUUAUUUUUGUGCCCUGGGCG